GUAUCGCUGACUGUAUGGUCUCCGGAGUAAUGGCCGCCACUGUAGAAUAGGAAACGCAUUUGGAGACAUAACUAUGAAAGAGUUUGUCCUCUUGCAGUAGAAGACUUCUGAUGUCAUCCCGUUGUACGUGCAGGACUCUGAAAAAGUGACAAGGGAGCUCUUCACCACAAUGCCUGCAGGAGUCUCUUGGCCUCAAUACUUGAAGAUGCUCAGUGCCAGCCUUCUUUCCAUGUUUGCUGGUGCAGAGCUCGUACACAGAUACUACAGACCUGAUCUUAGUGUGCCUGAAAUUCCACCCAAACCAGGAGAACUGAAGACACAACUUCUUGGAAUAACACAAAGCAAAGACACGAAACAGGAAUCCAGCUAAAUGUUAUUUAAAUGAUUGUUUUUAUAAAAAAGCAAACCUGCUUUAUGUUUAUAUACAUUGUUUACUUUAAGUGAACGUGAUACUCAAUUGUUUGUCUAUUUUUCACAAACAGAAUGAUUAGAAUUUACAAUCUUUAUGUAAAACUGACCAUAAACUUUGUAUUAUUUUCUGAAUGGGAAAGCCAUAAAUAAAUCCAUGUGAAUGAU